CAGCGCGUUUCCAACGCCGGGUCCUUUUUGUCCCCUACUGCGAGCCGUGUCGGUUCCCGUGCGGAAGUGGUGGCCGUGAGGAAAGAACAUGGCGGCUACUGCACCAGGUGCAGCGGCUAAUCGGGCCAACAAGCGCAGCGGCCCUGGGCCGGGAGGCGGCGGAGGCGGCGGUGGGGGAGCCAAAGGGACGGAGGAGGAACCGCCGCCGCCCCUGCAAGCAGUUCUGGUGGCAGAUAGCUUCAAUCGCCGCUUCUUCCCCAUCUCCAAGGACCAGCCUCGGGUACUCUUGCCCCUGGCCAAUGUAGCACUACUUGACUACACUCUGGAAUUUCUGACUGCCACAGGUGUACAGGAAACCUUUGUCUUUUGUUGCUGGAAGGCUGCUCAAAUCAAGGAACAUUUACUGAAAUCCAAGUGGUGCCGCCCUACAUCCUUCAAUGUGGUUCGAAUAAUUACAUCAGAAUUAUAUCGAUCACUGGGGGAUGUUCUCCGUGAUGUUGAUGCCAAGGCCUUGGUGCGCUCUGACUUCCUUCUGGUGUAUGGGGAUGUCGUCUCAAACAUUAAUAUUACCAGAGCCCUGGAAGAACACAGAUUGAGGCGGAAGCUAGAAAAAAAUGUAUCUGUGAUGACAAUGAUCUUCAAAGAGUCAUCCCCUAGCCACCCAACUCGUUGCCAUGAGGACAAUGUGGUAGUGGCUGUGGAUAGUGCCACAAACCGGGUUCUCCAUUUCCAGAAGACCCAAGGCCUUCGACGGUUUUCUUUUCCUCUGAGUUUGUUCCAAGGCAAUGGAGAUGGAGUAGAGAUUCGCUAUGAUUUACUGGACUGUCACAUCAGCAUCUGCUCUCCUCAGGUGGCUCAACUCUUUACAGACAACUUUGACUACCAAACUCGAGAUGACUUUGUACGAGGCCUGUUAGUGAAUGAGGAGAUCCUAGGAAACCAGAUCCACAUGCACGUGACAACUAGGGAAUAUGGUGCCCGGGUCUCCAACCUGCACAUGUAUGCAGCAGUCUGCGCUGAUGUCAUCCGCCGAUGGGUCUACCCUCUCACCCCAGAGGCAAACUUCACUGACAACACAACCCAGAGCUGCACUCAUUCCCGGCAUAACAUUUACCGAGGGCCUGAGGUCAGCCUGGGCCAUGGCAGCAUCCUAGAGGAAAAUGUGCUUCUGGGUCCUGGCACUGUCAUUGGCAGCAAUUGCUUUAUCACCAACAGUGUCAUUGGCCCUGGCUGCCACAUUGGUGAUAACGUGGUGCUGGACCAGGCAUACCUGUGGCGGGGUGUCCAAGUGGCUGCUGGAGCACAGAUCCAUCAGUCUCUGCUCUGUGACAAUGCUGAAGUCAAGGAACAAGUUACGCUGAAGCCACACUGUGUUCUCACUUCCCAGGUGGUAGUGGGCCCAGACAUCACGCUGCCUGAGGGCUCGGUGAUCUCUUUACACCCUCCAGAUGCAGAGGAAGAUGAGGACGAUGGUCAGUUCAGUGACGAUUCUGGGGCUAACCAAGAAAAGGAGAAAGUGAAACUAAAAGGUUACAAUCCAGCAGAAGUCGGAGCUGCUGGCCAGGGCUACCUCUGGAAAGCUGCAGACAUAAAUGUGGAGGAGGAAGAGGGACUACGGCAGAAUUUGUGGGGACUCAAAAUCAACGUGGAAGAAGAGAGUGAAACUGAAAGUGAGCAGAGUAUGGAUUCCGAGGAGCUAGAUAGCCGAGCGGGCUCCCCACAGUUGGAUGACAUCAAAGUGUUCCAGAAUGAAGUCCUAGGAACACUACAGCGGGGCAAGGAAGAGAACAUUUCUUGUGACAAUCUUGUCCUAGAGAUCAACUCUCUCAAGUAUGCCUACAACAUAAGCCUAAAAGAGGUGAUGCAGGUACUGAGCCAUGUGGUCCUCGAGUUCCCCCUACAGCAAACGGAUUCCCUGCUGGACCCAAACCGUUACUGUUCCCUGCUGCUUCCUCUGCUCAAGUCCUGGAGUCCUGUUUUUAGAAACUACAUAAAGCGAGCAGCUGAUCAUUUGGAAGCAUUGGCAGCCAUUGAGGACUUCUUCCUGGAGCAUGAAGCUCUUAGUACUUCCAUGGCCAAGGUACUCAUGGCUUUCUACCAGCUAGAGAUCCUGGCUGAGGAAGCAAUCCUGAGCUGGUUCAGCCAAAAGGAUAUGACUGACAAGGGCCGACAGUUGCGCAAGAACCAACAGCUGCAGAGGUUCAUCCAGUGGCUAAAAGAGGCAGAAGAGGAGUCAUCUGAGGAUGACUGAAGUUGCACUGCCUGCUUCUAACCCCAGGAAUAAAGAGAACCUCCUGAAGACUUCCAGGGAGAGUAAAAAGUCACGUGCAAAGCCUUAGGAAAAAUAGAGCUCAAAUUGACUGCUUAAUAGCGACACUGGAUGCUGGAAGACAAUGUAGUAAUAGCUUCAAAAUUCUGAAGGAAAAUUACUUUGAAUCAUAUUUCCAGAUUUGCAGGUUCUUGAAAGGGGUUUUAUUUCCCAUGCUUUCAAAGAAAGCCACAGAACAGUGUGCUUUACCAAAGCAAAGGAGUGAAAUAUCUAGGAAAUGGGGAUUCAACAGAGAGGAGAGAUAAAGGGAACUCUGAGGAUGAUGCAGAGAGUUCCAGAAUGACUUCUGUGCACAGGCUGAUACAGCCAACAGUGCAGACCAGAGCAAGAGAAUGGAAGGCUCCAAGGGAGAAAAUGGUUGGAUUAUCUAAUAUAUUUGACAGGGUAAACAAAAUAUGCAUUGAGAAACUAUUAGAUUAUAUGGUAAGACUUAAUUGUAGUUAUACUAUUUAAAAAAGCAAAUGUGGGGCGCCUGGGUGGCUCAGUGGGUUAAAG